AGAGUGCUCGCACAUGAUUAGAGUGCCUGUUCACGAUCAAAAUCCAAAACCGACGGCUGAUGCUCGUUUUAUCGUCAUGUGCUACCGAUGGGCCGAGAUGAAGAGACAAGCUCGAUCCACACAACGAUCGGUGUAAGAUCAGAUGAGGAUGUGGGUACUUCUAGGAGCCUCUCUGCGAUCGUUGCAGCUCUUUCGGCGUUAGUGCGACACAGCAAACGCAGUCGCGCACAGUUGACACACAGUGUGCUUUGUGGACUUCUCUUGGAACACCACGAGAAGUGCUGGAAGAACGCAGAUGAAUUUCUUCUCGGCUCUGGCCAUGGCCAAGAGCCUGCAGCGUCCUUCUGGGAACGGGACGCGGAGGACGAGACCGAUGAUAAAAAAGUACACGUAUCGACGUUUGCCAAAUCCUCGUCGACAAGCUCAACCAAUGUCCUCCGCAAGACCGCACCAGAAGCCUUCUCCUUCGAGCGAAUACACGGAUACAAAAAAGGAAACUUUGCAAAUCUUCGCGCCUGGCUACUCGAAGACGCGAGCCUCGAAGCGCGACCACAUGAAGAUCAUGUGCGGGCGAAAGACGACCGCGGGGCGGCAGCGGGGGCCGUGAGCCAGAGGAGUGAAAAAAGAAUUGACCCUCCUCGAGUCGUCACGUUUAGCUACGGUCUUGUUCUCCAGGACCUUGCACCAAGGGAGUUUCAAGUGAAGUAUCGCGGAGAGCAGUAUGUGCAGUUGGCGGAAACCAAUUUCUUCACGCGGAUCGCCGCGGACUUGCAAACCGCGUUUGGCUCCUUUGCCCUCGAAGAUGUUGACAGUACUAGUAUCACGAAUCCGCCAGCGUUUGUCAACAUUUUGGAUUUUGCCGCGCCGAUCGCCGUGAAGAGGCAGCAGCUGGCCUCGGGAGUCCCAAUCGCCACUUCAGACGACAUCUACCAAUGCUCGCUGUUCCAGGAACUCAUUACGCAGAUCUUGGCGCCGCGCGGCCGCGCAGAUGGUUUUUCGGUGAAGAUUAUCGACGCGCAACUUGACCCCGAGGCCGUGCGUGCCGUCUUUGCCCAGCUGGUCGAGCUGCAGGAGCGAUUCGGACAACGAAGACUACGUUCUGAUGGUAGUGCGAACGCGUCUGCGCCUUCUGCUCCGUUCGUUCACUCCUGUCCGGCGUUGCUGGGUGCAGUGCUCGGAUUGCUGCUUCCCCACAUCGAGCAAGCGCUUCUACAUAACGUAGAUCCAGAUGAGGUGCAGAAUCUUCAUGUCGCUGAAUUCGACAACUCUUCUGGGGCUGACGGAAAUAAACUUAAACUCCAGAACGAGGUGCUGCAAAAAGUCUUGUCGGAUCACCUUCGCCAAACCCUCGAGAUUGAAAGGCAAGCCGUUUUGAGACUGAAAGUCGUUCAGUCCGUAGGGAAGCAGCUGUUUCCGCAAGCCUUUGCAACAACACGAGACGGGUUCGAACUCACACCGAAAAAGCAGCGCACCCGUCGAGAGGCUGAAGAUGCUUACGAGUUCGAGAAGGAGCAGCAAAGUCUGGACAUCUACAAUUUUGACUUCGCGGGCGAAGUAGAAAAGAACGCAACGACAAGUGACGCUCUAGCAUUUUUCACAACACUUCGCGGCCAUGUUUCACGCGAGCUGCUUGCAGUUCGUCGGGGGUUUGUCUUCCCAAGGUUGUCCUUGAUCUUCAAAACGCUUGCGUUGUUGGCGAUUCUUGCAAAUAAUCGUGAGCACAGCAGAAGUGCCAAUGUGCAAGACCACGACGCCCAAGCCGACAUUCCUCGGCCUAGAACGGAACGGGGAGCAACCCACAGUCAUGCCUGCUUGGACGACUUGCUUGCUGCAGAAGUUUCAACAUCCUCUGAGAGUGCAGCAACGUGCAUCGAGGACAUAGUGGCAACAGAGAGCAGUCAGCAGCUGCGAGCGCUUGCUGUACCAUCGACGACCCGAACGUCCAAUAGUAAUUGCCUCCUCCACGCACUGCAGGCUCGGAACGUGAGUGAAUCCCUCGCCCGGGAUGCAGACAUCGUUCGCGCUGGAUUCUUUUCGGACCUACCCUGCUUGCUAGUCCCAGAAAAUCAUUUGGAGCACACGCACACCGAAACCGACAAUUUGGCCGCAAAGCUGAUCCGCAACAAGCAAGCAACUUUCGGCCUGCACUAUUUCGUCGAGCACUUGACGCAGCACCACUUUGUCGAUUCCGACCGCCUGGCGGCGAAAGCUAUGCACCAGGUGGAGUUUGUCAAUGAGAAUUUUGACUUCAACGUCAAAGGAUCGGCGGGCGUCAAAUCCUCCACCGCAUUUCUGAAUGAGCAGGCGGUGUGGAACACGAAAACCGAGUCGCAGCGGCUCCACGUUUUCCUUCCGCGCUACGUGCAUCUUCUGGAUAUCACCCACACGCCAUCUGCACAUCUGGCAGUGUAUGUCGACGAGACGGGCGACAAGAAAGCUGGCGCUAUCAAGAACUCUGAUUCACCAUCAUCUCACAAGACGCUUGCUUUGAAACACUACGUGGCGAAGGGCGCUGUGUCAGCGCCUGACUUCUUCGACAGUCUCGCUCGAGCGACAACCCCGGAUACAAAAUACAACAAACGGCAUUCAUCGAGAACAAAUUCGUCGUCACAGACCAUGCAAACAACCGCACCGGCAGUGACAAAAAGUAUCCGCAUACCGAAACGGCUGCUUCAGAUUGGUCCGAUCAAGGAGUCGAUGCGAGUCACUUACCCGACUAGACGACACCUCCCCGCUGAUUGGGAAUUUCGGAGCUUUGGCGACGAGGACUGCGAGAAUUUCAUGCGAGCGAACCCGAUCGACGGCUUCCCCCGGGCUAUCGAGUACUUCCGGAAGAAAUUCAUCCGUGGCGCGCACCGAGGCGAUUUUUGUGUCCUCUUUGUCCUGUACCAGCUCGGCGGAGUAAGCAUUGACAGUGAUGUUUUGCUCUUCCACAACAUCGAAUCCCUGGUCGCCGACGCGGAUUUCGUCGGCAUCGACCGGUUCGAAAAGAUCGACUACGGGAUUUUAGGCGUACGGCCGAAAGACAUCGCGAUCCGCAAGACGCUGCAGGACAUGUACAUGAUAUCGCGCGACUUCUUCACCGACCUGGACUUCCACUACCUUGCGCCCUGCUCCAUGCUGUAUCACUACGUGCAGCGCUACUACCUGGCCCCCCAGUGGGGAGGACGAGGAGUUACAAGGUUCGCGCCGGGAAAUAAUACUGCGGAAGAUGACAAGGAGCAAACUUUUCGUGUUGUGUUGCACAAGGCGGAGGAAGUGUACGCCUGAUAGGAGCACUCGCUGCCAAAGAGCAAUUUUUGAGAACUAAUGAUCUCGUCGCUCGGCGUGAAAAACGCUUGUUCUUUAUUCAUUGAUUGUAUGUGCCUUGUGGUAUUCCGCCAAAAAAUCCUCGUUGUUCCCCUUUGAUGUCGCGUAUGCCUUAGAGGUUCAUCGACUAUGC